GGGCGGGGCCGGCAGGGGGCGCAGGCGCAGUCGGUGCAGCCGCCGCCGCCGCCGUUUCCGGAGCCGCCGGAGCGGCCGCACCGGGCGAUGCGAUGACAACGUCCACCCUGCAGAAAGCCAUCGACCUGGUCACCAAAGCCACCGAGGAGGACAAGGCCAAGAACUACGAGGAGGCGCUGCGGCUGUACCAGCACGCCGUGGAGUACUUCCUGCACGCCAUCAAAUAUGAGGCUCACAGUGACAAGGCCAAGGAGAGCAUCCGAGCUAAGUGUGUGCAGUACCUGGACCGGGCAGAGAAGCUGAAGGAGUACCUUCGCAGCAAGGACAGGCACGGAAAGAAGCCGGUCAAGGAGGCCCAGAAUGACAACAAGGGGAGUGACAGUGACAGCGAGGGCGAGAACCCCGAGAAGAAGAAGCUUCAGGAGCAGCUGAUGGGUGCCAUCAUGAUGGAGAAGCCCAACGUGCGGUGGAGUGACGUGGCCGGACUGGAGGGAGCCAAGGAAGCCCUGAAGGAGGCUGUGAUCCUGCCCAUCAAGUUCCCACACCUGUUCACAGGGAAGCGCACGCCCUGGCGCGGGAUCCUGCUCUUUGGACCGCCUGGCACUGGCAAGUCCUACCUGGCCAAGGCUGUGGCCACUGAGGCCAACAACUCCACCUUCUUCUCCGUGUCAUCCUCUGACCUGAUGUCCAAGUGGCUGGGGGAGAGCGAGAAGCUGGUGAAGAACCUGUUUGAGCUGGCAAGGCAGCACAAGCCCUCCAUCAUCUUCAUUGACGAGGUGGACUCACUGUGCGGCUCCCGCAACGAGAACGAGAGCGAGGCAGCCCGGCGCAUCAAGACCGAGUUCCUGGUGCAGAUGCAGGGUGUGGGGAACAGCAGCGACGGGAUCCUGGUGCUGGGUGCCACCAACAUCCCCUGGGUGCUGGACUCAGCCAUCAGGAGAAGGUUUGAGAAGCGAAUCUACAUCCCACUGCCCGAGGAGGCAGCGCGGGCCCAGAUGUUCCGACUGCACCUGGGCAACACCCCGCAUUCCCUGAAGGACGCCGACAUCCUGGAGCUCGCCCGCAAGACUGACGGCUACUCGGGGGCCGACAUCAGCAUCAUUGUGCGAGAUGCCCUCAUGCAGCCUGUGCGCAAGGUGCAGUCGGCCACGCACUUCAAGAAGGUCCGCGGCCCCUCCCGCACCACCCCCGGCGUCCUCGUGGAUGAUCUCCUGACGCCGUGCUCGCCCGGUGACCCUGGGGCCACCGAGAUGACCUGGAUGGAGGUGCCCAGUGACAAGCUGAUGGAGCCCAUUGUCUGCAUGUCGGACAUGCUGCGCUCGCUGGCCACCACCCGCCCCACCGUCAAUGCCGAGGAUCUCCUCAAGGUGAAGAAAUUCACGGAGGACUUUGGACAGGAAGGUUGAGGGGGGCAUGGGGGGGUGUGGGGUUGGGGCGGCCACGGGCCCUGCUCUGCCCCCCCUCCCCGGGUGUGCCAAACCGACUCAUCUUCGCUCACUCCCUCCCAUCGCACUGCAGCACCCAGCGGGCGCGGGGACACAGCCCGGGGGGCUCACACUACGGGGUGGGGGUCUGAGCAUGGCCUGGGCAGCUGGGUGCCCCUCUGGCUGCGCUCCACUCUUCUUCUUGCUCUUUUUUAUUUUUUAAAUUAAUGCUGCUUUGGGUUUCGUCUCGUUUAUAUGAAAAUAAAAACAAUCCAAAAGCUUCAGCCAGCACCCAGAUGCUCCCCAAGGCUCUGCCCACACCGGGGGGCCCAGCCCAGCCCCCCACCCCCAAAAUGCACUGCCCCAGGGCCAAGGUCUCUGCCUGUACCAAGGGGUGUGUGGGGCUCCCCAUGCUCCAGCCAUCCCAGACAGGGAUUUGUGCCUACAGCAGGGGCUGUUUGGAGCAGCCCACCAGCCAAUAACACCCACCCAGCCACCCAUGUCCCCAAGGGCUCCCCUCAGCCCCACUGACCCCCUAGCCCCACCCAGGUGCCCCUUAUGCUGUGCCCAUGUGCCCCAAAGAAGCCCCAGAAGGAGAUUCCCUCACCUUUCCCCAGCACAGCCAUGGCAGCAGGCUGUUCCUAGACCCAUGAAGUGAUUUCCAGUGCCCAGGGGAGCAUGGGCUGGACACCCCAGUUGCCCCCCACCAUGAGCCUAGGGUGCUGGUGGGCAGGAAGGGCCAGAGCCACUGAGGCCACAGGUCUAUAUUGGCUGCAAUAAACCUGAGUGGGAGCCCCUGG